AUGGCAUCGCUGUCAUCGCCUCUAAAUAUCUGCAGAGGAAUAUUAAAAGAAUUACGCUUCGUUCAAGGGCCGGCUUACAAUCAGUCACCGGCUUACAAAUAUGUGUUGGAACAGUUUCGCAAGAAUAAGGUGACGGGUGAAAGGUUGUGCCGCGCCCAGCGGGAGGCGCAUCACGCCGCCCACACCUACCUGUGUUUGCUGGCGUCCACCCGGAGUCACCUGGCUCUGCACAACCUGUACCACGGCAAAGGAGAGUGCAGUGCAGAAGAGGCGGCGGGCCUGGUGGGACUCCGCUUACCAACGCAGCCAGGAGGAAAGGGCUGGGAGAAGUGA